AUGGCCACCACCGCGCAGUACCUGCCGCGGGGCCCCGGUGGCGGAGCCGGGGGCACGGGACCGCUUAUGCACCCGGACGCCGCGGCGGCAGCGGCGGCGGCGGCGGCCGCCGAGCGGCUGCACGCGGGGGCCGCGUACCGCGAAGUGCAGAAGCUGAUGCACCACGAGUGGCUGGGCGCGGGCGCGGGCCACCCCGUGGGCCUAGCGCACCCCCAGUGGCUACCCACGGGAGGAGGCGGCGGCGGCGACUGGGCCGGGGGCCCGCACCUGGAACACGGCAAGGCGGGCGGUGGCGGCACCGGCCGAGCCGACGACGGCGGCGGCGGAGGAGGAGGUUUCCACGCGCGCCUGGUGCACCAGGGGGCGGCCCACGCGGGCGCUGCAUGGGCGCAGGGCGGCACGGCGCACCACUUGGGCCCGGCUAUGUCGCCGUCCCCAGGGGCCGGCGGGGGCCACCAGCCCCAGCCGCUCGGGCUGUAUGCGCAAGCGGCCUACCCGGGGGGCGGCGGCGGCGGCCUGGCCGGGAUGCUGGCGGCGGGCGGCGGCGGUGCGGGACCCGGCCUGCACCACGCGCUGCACGAGGACGGCCACGAGGCGCAGCUGGAGCCGUCGCCUCCGCCGCACCUGGGCGCCCACGGACACGCACACGGACAUGCACACGCGGGCGGCCUGCACGCGGCGGCGGCGCACCUGCACCCGGGCGCGGGCGGCGGUGGCUCGUCGGUGGGCGAGCACUCGGACGAGGACGCGCCCAGCUCGGACGACCUGGAGCAGUUCGCCAAGCAGUUCAAGCAGCGGCGCAUCAAGCUGGGCUUCACACAGGCCGACGUGGGGCUGGCACUGGGAACACUGUACGGUAACGUGUUCUCGCAGACCACCAUCUGCCGCUUCGAGGCCCUGCAGCUGAGCUUCAAGAACAUGUGCAAGCUCAAGCCGCUGCUCAACAAGUGGCUGGAGGAGACCGACUCGUCCAGCGGCAGCCCUACCAACCUGGACAAGAUCGCGGCGCAGGGCCGCAAGCGAAAGAAACGCACGUCCAUCGAGGUGGGGGUGAAAGGCGCGCUCGAGAGCCACUUUCUCAAGUGCCCCAAGCCCUCGGCGCACGAGAUCACCGGCCUGGCCGACAGCCUGCAGCUGGAGAAGGAGGUGGUGCGCGUCUGGUUCUGCAACCGGCGGCAGAAGGAGAAGCGCAUGACCCCGGCGGCCGGCGCCGGCCACCCGCCCAUGGACGACGUUUACGCACCCGGCGAGCUGGGGCCGGGCGGGGGCGGUGCAUCGCCGCCCUCGGCGCCCCCGCCGCCCCCGCCGGCCGCGCUGCACCACCACCACCACCACACACUGCCCGGCUCGGUGCAGUGA